AUGUCUUCCAUCGCUUCUGCCUCCACCCCCCAGUCCCCAGCCCCCGCCUACCCCGCCAACGAGCGUCACCUCGCAAACCGCAGGUCCACCGCGUCCAUCAAGCGCAAGCCCGUACCCGUCACCCCUACCGGCCCCGAGUUUGCCCUCGAGCUCUCCAACCUCUCGGAAGGCACUCCCAGCGGCUCUGCCCCCUCGACUCCUGAGCCACCCGUCUACAUUCUCUCUGUCGACCCCACCCCCACAGCUCCGUCCCCCGAGAGCCCUGAGACCCCCACCCAGCCGCCUGCGUACUCUGGGAACGCUAGGCCGCAGUACCCAUACGACCUUAGCUUGGGGCCGCCGAGCGAUGUCGAGCUCAUGAGCGAGUCGCUGCCUACCUAUGAAGAAGAGAGCACGAUGGAGCCCAAGACGCUAGCCAAGACGCUCUGGAAGUAUGGCUUCAUCUGUCCUCUGCUUUGGCUCAUCGGCAUGACCAUUAUGUGGAUCCCCCUGAGGCCAGUGGAAGACGAAGUCGACCCUGAAAAGGCGCAAAAGCUCGAAGAGAUGAUUGUGAUUCUCCGCAAGACUGAACUCAAAUACGCCAAGAGGUGUACAUGGGCGUUCUGCGGGUUCUCUCUUCUACUAGCUUUGAUCAUUGUCAUUGCGGUGGUCGUGUCGACUAGAUAG